AUGUCAGAUAUUGAAAAAAAACAAACAAAAAUUUCACCUGCAUCAUCUGUGGCUCAGGAUGAAGAAACUUUGGCCAACGAUGAAUUAUUCCAAUUAAAUGACUCGGUUUUAAAUAAAAAGUUGAAAUUAAUCAACGAUGCCAUUGAUGAAAUUGGGUUUACCCCGUAUCAUCUCAAGUUAUUCUUUCUUAAUGGAAUGGGGUAUUGGACCGAUACCCAAUUAACAUAUCUUGAAAGUAGUGUUAGAACAUUUGUUAACUAUCAAUUCGGCUACAAAUACCCUGUUUCAAAUGAAAUGUUGGCUGCUGGUUUGCUCGUAGGGGCCCUAUUUUGGGGGUUUUCUGCCGACUUGAUUGGAAGACGUUUAGCAUUCAAUUUGACAUUAUUAUUAAGUGCCCUUUUCACGAUUUUAACUGGUGUCAUGAACAAUAUGGCAUCGUAUUGCAUCUUUGUAUUUUUGAGUUGUUUUGCUGCUGGUGGUAAUUUAGUUUUGGAUACCUGUAUCUUUUUAGAGUUUUUACCUCAUAAAGAUCAAUGGUUAUUAACGUUUUUUGCAUUUUUUUGGGGUAUUGGUCAAACCAUUGCUGUUGCGUUAGCUUAUGCCUUUUUACCAAACAAUAGUUGCGAGUCUGCGGAAAACUGUCCUUCCCACAUUAACCGCGGGUGGAGAUACGUUUAUUAUACGAAUGGAUCUAUUGUUUUAGCAAUGGCUCUUUUGAGAUUAACUCUUAUCAGAUUGCAAGAAACUCCCAAGUUUUUGGUUUCAAAUAAUCGUGACCAGGAAGCUGUGGAAAUAUUGCAGAGAAUUGCUCAAAAGCAUAACCGUACAUGUUCCUUAACCAUAGAGGACUUGGAAAGUCUAGGUAAAGUUGAAAUCAACGACGACUACAGAAAACACAUUGAUAUAAAGGGGACUUUCAAAUUGGUUACCCACCAUGUCAAAAUCUUGUUUUCAAAUAGAACAAUGGCACGAUCUUCAACAUUGAUUUUUGUUUCAUGGUUAUUGCUAGGAAUUUCAUACCCCUUGUAUUCAUCAUUCUUACCGGUUUAUUUGGCGACAAGAGGUGCAAACAUUUCUGCACCAGACGUUCAUGGUGUUUACCGAGAUAACUUGAUUUCCAAUUGUGUCUCUAUGGGCGGUCCUCUUAUUGCUGGUGCAUUGUUGUUCUGUUUCCCUUGGUUGGGACGUCGGGGUGUUUUGUUUAUUGGUGGUGUUGCUUCUAUGGCAUUUUUAUUCGGCUAUACGCAAAUCAAAACAAGAGCUCAGAAUGUGGCACUUUCAUCGAUAUCCUUUGCUUCCAUGUACAUCUAUUACUCGGCUUUGUACGCCUAUACCCCCGAAGUAUUCCCAUCUGCGGCUCGAGCAACCGGGAAUGCAAUUGCUAUUGCCUGUACAAGAGUAAUGACAUGUAUAGUACCUGUGAUUGCUUACUACUCCAACACUUCGUCGUCAGUCCCUAUUUGGGUAUGUGGCGCAUUUGUGGGAGUAAUUGGGUUCUUAGCUUUACUCUUUCCAUACGAGCCCAGUAAACACAGGGUGGUAUAA